AGCAACGCGUAGUCGUAGUGGACGUUCGCGUACGGAACCGGUCGAAAGAGUGUUCACAUUCACAAUUUAAAGGGCAAAGGCUACAAAACAGUCCAAGAAAUAACAGUUUAAUCGACGCAGUACUUGCAUUCGUCGUGUAACCGUUGUUUUAUCAUUCAGACUAUAAACUGAUAAGCGCAACGGGUGAAUAUGGACGUACGCCCGGUUUGUUUAUGAAAUGUAGCCUAUCUUUUUCUCGUGAGCGUGGAUUUGGAACCUUGCAAAAGUUCACUUGGUAGCUCAUCUGUUCGCCAGUGUGGAACGCGCUGUGAUGCCGAUGGUUUCAUUUGAAGAACGUCAGGCAGGUCUGAUAUUAUAAGAGUAUUGUAACGUGGAAGGCUAUUUAAACCUCAUCCUGUGACAAGGCGUAAAUACAGUAAUAGCUCAGACCUAUUCAUCCCCAGGAGAGGUUGCGCCGAACAAGCAUCAGGCGAUACUCUAAAUUAACUAACCAAUCCUUCAUUCGGAGGGUUUAUCUCGUCGCCUGUCAUCCUUUCAUCUGUGAUAUUGACUGAACAGUGAGCUUCUGGGAGAUGGAUCAAGACAACCAGAACCAAAGCCAGCCCCACCCUGAGAACCCAUCUGGACUAUCAGAGGUUUUAACCCCCACUCCAGCAGCACCUCCAGGCACAGAAACGCCAACCUCUGAACCCUGCGCCAAUGCUCCUGCUCCUCAACCGUCAGUCCCAGCCCGGCCUCGACGGCCUCAGAGGACCCCCAGAGUAGAGGGCUCUGUAGACGUCUGUGAGCCCACACCUGACCCCACAGAGGCUAACCAGGACAGAUCCAUUCCUGAUGCUCCAGCUGGGGCCAGCCAUCAUAAGCCCCUGCGGCCCGGGGCAGCCAAGCCCCCUGGGGGGCCUGGAGAGCCCAUGGGGUACACUGAAACCACUCUGAAGGCUGGCCCUAAAGUCCCAGGCCACCACCCUGGGGCCCGGAACCCCAUCUCAAUGAGGGCAGCCUCAGUGCCCCAGCCACCGCCUUCUAGGCCUAUACCUCCCCACCUCAACCCUCAUGCCCAGAGGGCCUUCUCUGUGUCGGGCACCGCGGACACACAGGCCCAGGUUGUAGAAGACUUCAGAGUGCACAUAAUAACAUGGAAUGUGGGCGGUGCCAUGCCGCCGGAUGACAUCACUGCUCUGCUGGGAUUGCAUGUUGGGGAUGGAAACACAGACAUGUAUAUCAUUGGGCUACAGGAAGUCAACUCCAUGAUCAACAAAAGGCUGAAAGACGUUCUCUUCACAGACCAAUGGAGUGAUGCCUGCAUGGAGAGACUCAGCCCCUUCGGAUACAUACUGGUGACGUCUCAGCGGAUGCAGGGGGUGUUGUUGCUGGUGUUUGCUAAGUACUACCACCUCCCCUUCCUCCGAGGGGUGCAGACAGAGACCACCCGCACUGGCUUGGGGGGCUACUGGGGUAAUAAAGGGGGUGUGAGUGCGCGCAUGUCUGUGUUUGGUCACACCAUCUGUUUCCUGAACUGCCACCUGCCGGCCCACAUGGAGAACUCUGAGCAGCGCAUGGAGGACUUUGAGAGCAUCCUGCAGCAGCAGCAGUUUGAAGGCCAGGCUGCCACAGGGGUGCUCGACCACGAUGUGGUGUUCUGGUUUGGAGAUCUGAAUUUCCGCAUUGAUGAACUGGAGAUUCCGGCAGUGAAAACAGCCAUUGAUAACAAUAAACUCACCAUGCUGUGGGAGAAAGACCAGCUGAACAUGGCCAAAGACAGCGAGACGGUGCUGGUGGGCUUUCUGGAGGGGCCUCUCAAAUUCCCCCCCACUUACAAGUUUGACGUGGGGACAGAUACAUAUGAUACAAGUGGGAAGAAGCGUAAGCCUGCGUGGACAGACAGGAUCCUGUGGCGUCUGAGGGCCACAGCUACCUUUGGGCAGGCCUCUAAUGCUGGGAAGAGAGGCUCUGUGUCAGGACUGAGCAGCGGGACCAAGGUCACCCAGCACUUCUACCGCAGUCACAUGGAGUACAUGGUCAGCGACCACAAGCCUGUCUCUUCCAUCUUCACCCUCCAGUUCCCCUAUAAGGUGGACAUGCCACUGGUGACAAUCAUGGUGGAGGAUGAGUGGAACAGCAUUGCAGACGCCACGUGCACAUUCAAAGCUGCACCUAAUUUCGCACGCAGCUCCUGGGACUGGAUUGGGCUGUACAAGGUGGGAUUCAAACACCAUAAGGACUAUGUAGGCUAUGUGUGGGCCAAGCAGGAGGAGGCAGAUUACCAUAGAGUAGAACACGAGGUGACCUUUACUGAGGAAGAAUUGCCUAAGGGCUCAGGAGACUUUAUUUUGUGUUACUAUAGCAACAACACGAGCACCCUCGUGGGUGUGACAGAGCCUUUUCAGAUCCAGCUGCCCACCUCCAGCCCCGCCGGUAGCCCCUCUGAUGACAGUUCGGACUUCACCUCUGAGGACGACAGCACAGUGGACGGUAUGAAGGCCAAGUCCCGCAGUCCCAGCCCCCGGAAAAAGAAGCACAGAACACGGCACAGCCAAAGCCGCAGUCCCAGCCACAGCCGUAGCCGCAGUGGCAGCCCUGCUCUGCCCGAAAUGAAGGGCCUCAAGCUGCAGCCUGGCUUGGCCCACAACACCACUGAUGGCUCUGCCUCUGGCAAUGCCCCAGAGGGUACGGAUCGGGAGAAGGUCUCAGCUGAGGCUGGAAAUACAAGGUUGUGAUGGAGCCCCUGUUAUCCUGCUCUCCCAUUACCAACUAUGUGUGGUUUCUUUAUACAUGAUGCACUGUAAUGUAUUGUAUGUUUCCUUUAUUGAAAAUGUACAUUUGCGGAUGCCAUUUGUUUCAGAACUGGGGUUAGGCUUCUGGUGCAGGAAGACUACUUUGUCUUGUGUGAUUUUUCUCUCACUCUUCCCUCUCAGGCAUAGAACAUACAGGGAGCUUUUGGCUGAUUUCAAUAGGUCCUUACAUGGCAAAUCGAUCCAAAAUCCCAGGCAGAGGGAAAUUGCUACCAAAUGCAUUUGGGUUCCAUAUCGGCAGUUGUUUCACAGAUAUUUUGAAGCAGCAUAAUAUUUCCCCCUCUAUAUCAGCCCUGGUAGCUUAGUCAGCUGAUCAGCAUGUGUGUGAGCAUGAGGAAAUGCUGUCUCCCGAUGAGGCAAACAAUUAGUUUGACUCCCAAAGGGAACAUUCCUCGCAAAUAGGAAUAAUCCCUAUUUGCUUUAGCAGGUCCUGUCCUACAUUUCAAUACAGCAUUGUGUCUACUGCUACAUACAUUCACUAAGGGACCAGGUGACCAUGGACAAAACCAUUUGUCACAGUAUGUGCAACCCCUUGUGAGUGCAUCUCUGAGCCUGAGUCUUUGUAAAACUAUCCUGAGGCCUGGCUGCAUGGGUCACUUAAAUGGCAUGGUGAAAAAACAAGGUAAAAAAUGGUAAUGUUCACCUUCAGGUUACUGAUGUUCCCAGUUGUCCUCUAUCCUUCCCUCCCCAUCUCUAUAUCUCUCUUCUUAUGUCCCCUCUCUUUUCUCUUUGGGUGAAGGUGAUUAGCAGACACUGUUAUGUCACUAGUAGUAAUGUGUUGAAUUGUUAGCGUGUGACCUCCAAUGAGCCAUCCUAAACACUUUGUACCUAUGGGCUGUUAGCUUAGGACAGUGUGUGCUGUUGUACUGUAACCUCAUUGUGUGUGUGUUCAUGUAAGUAUGCCACUGUAUGAGUGUGUCUUAUGAAAGUUUGGGUUUGCAGAAGUGAGUGUGUAUUUCUGUGUGAUUGAUAGUGAUGUGUGCAUUUCUGUGUGAUUGAUAGUGAUGUGUGUAUUUCUGUGUGAUUGAUAGUGAUGUGUGUAUUUCUGUGUGAUUGAUAGUGAUGUAUGUGCUUGCAUGGUUUUCUGAACUGUACAUUCCGGUACUGUGAUUUUGUGCUGUUAAAAGUGCUGUUUUUGACUCCUCUUUGUAAGAUACUUAGCUGUUGAGAAGUGUUAGGAAAAACAUGUGCUGAUGAGUGUAAACACAACAUUAUAUGGUAGAUAUAGCUACAGUUUGCUAGCUAUUUUAUUAAAUUCAAUUAUUUUCAUCCUAUUUAAAAUAUACAAAAUACAAUGUAGAGAGUUUGAAGCUCAUCCAAGGUAAAGGAUCAGUGCUGCAUAUGUGCAAGUGAACUUGGCUUUUGUUGUUAUGUAUUGAUUAUGUGUAUCAAUCAAUAUAACUGAAUUGAUCCAAAGUACGGUUAUAGAAAAGGUGAUAAGGAAAGACUAGAACUGAAAAUCAAGUUGAAUUGUCCUUUGUUGUUUUAGUCUUUGGCAACAUCUCGCUCCCAUAUUAUACGUGCAAUGAAAUAUAUGGGAAUAGUAACUAAGAAAUGUUAUUGAAAGCUUCUAAUGUUUUUUUUUUAAAUGAGAGUAGGUUAUGUAUGUCAAUGACAAAUAUCAAAUAGAGAACAGAUGACAAUCAAUGCCCAAAAAGAUUAUUAUACUUAAACAUUAUGCAUUUAUUUUCUUAUUUUGUGUCAAAAAAGAGCCUGAAUUCUGCUGGCCAGUGUGGGUGAAAAAGGGUUUAAAGUUAAAGUUCUAUUCAAUUUAAUAGGCUAUACUGUGUAUACAUAUUGGUUUUAUAUUUAUUUUACUUUUAUAUUUAUUCAUGCACACAAGUUUUAUGUGGAGGCAAAAAUAAACCUCUUUUCACUUGGUUUAUCUGUGAUUUCAGAUCAAAAGUAGGUUUUGUGUAUUGUAUUGGCUCUGCAAGUUUGUAUGUGAUUGGGAUCCGAGGAGACUGUCUUAAAACAUCUGGGCAACAUUGUCAGAGGCAUGAAUUGGCUAGUUGUUGAAUGUUGAUGUUGGAGGGUGGUGUGUGGACUCGUCCGCUGGGGUCAGGGCACAGAGGGAACCCCUCUGCUUUCCAGCUCAACACCUCUGUCACACACACACACGCUGUUCAGAGAUCAAAUAAAACUCCUCGUCAAGCUGUA